UUGGAAAUCUCAAUUUCCCACAACAUUGAGCCGGGAAGAGUUCAAAUGGAACGAAAACAACAGACCCCCCCAAAACCCCGGCAUGGCGACAGAUUCAUCCCCACGAGGGCUGGAAACACGUGGGACACGUGCUUCCCCGUGUCACCAGCAUCUUCUACAAGCAGCAGUGCAAAGGAUCUGGCUACCAGGCCGCUUGGAUCGUGGAAUAAACAACCAACAGCAAAUGACACGAAUUGUAACAACGGACAAGGAGUUUAUUCGAAUCUUCUGAAAAAUGAGGUCCUUCGCGAUCAAAUAGAAAAUGUCCCCGUGUUAUCGCCGUCGCCGACGAGUAGAAAGUUAUUUAAGUUUGAUUCCUCCGAACGGAGCAAUUUCCUCAACUCGGCGUGGUCACCGUACUCGUUAUCUCCGAUUAAUGCAAAUUCUGCUCAGCUUCUGAACCAUUCUUAUUCCAAGGGUGUCAGUAAGAUUUCAAAAGUCCCGCUUAAGGCUCUUGACGCGCCUCAGUUACGGGAGGACUUUUGCCUCAAUUUGGUCGAUUGGUCGUCGAAAAAUAGCGUCGCGGUGGGUUUAGGAGAAAGUGUGUGGCUCUGGUCUACAAAUCAAAAUCUGACGACAGAUCACCGGCAGUGGACCGGCGUGACGGGUGAGGUCACCCAAUUGUGUGAUACUGGAUCAUGGAGAAAUCCUGUCAGCUCGAUCGCCUGGAAUGAAAAGGGAACACAUCUCGCCGUCGGGACAGAGACCGGCCUCGUCCAAGUCUGGGACGCUGCGAGGGAAACGUUAGUCAACACGAUUUGGGGUCACACCGCCCGCGUCGGAACAAUGGCGUGGUCGCAGGGGGAUACCAUGCUCUCCACGGGUUCACGAGACUGCUGCAUAAAUCAAUCCGACCUCCGGACGAAUCCGGUCAUCAUAGAAAAUCAGCUGGCCGCCCACACCGGAGAAAUUUGUGGGCUUGCCUGGUCACCCGAUAAGGAGCUCUUGGCCUCUGGAGGAAACGACAAUGUGCUCAACGUUUGGAGUGUGAGACAUUCAGAAAGAACGAUUCUCACUUAUCGGGAACAUACCGCCGCGGUCAGAGCGAUUGCCUGGUCACCGCAUCAAUAUGGCCUGCUCGCCAGCGGUGGAGGAUUCGCUGAUGAGACGAUUCGAUUUUGGAACACCAUCACCGGUCAAGCGAAAUCCAUCCGAAGUAUUACGACGGACUCACAAGUCUGCAAUUUGGCCUGGUCGCCGCAUUCCGCCGAAUUCGUGUCGACGCAUGGCUACUCGACGCACCUGAUUAAAGUUUGGAAGUAUCCGUCGCUCGAAAAAAUUGGGGAGUUAGACAAUGGACGUUACGACAGAGCGAUGUACUUAUCAAUGUCGCCACGUGGCGAGAAUAUUGUAACCGGUGGGUACGAGACGCUCAGAUUUUGGAAUGUUUUCAAAAAGCGGAAAGAUAAGCGUAGGUCGGAACUGGAUCUUUAUAAGAUUAGGUGAACAAGAGAAGGCUUGUGAUGAAUCUUUAUUGGUGAUGCGAUGUGACUAUUUUUUGAUAAGAGACUAUCUGACAGAUGUUAAGGAUAGAUAUAUAUAUUUAUUAAUUACUUAAUAGCAGUAGUGUUGGACUAAUUGUAGGUCGGAAUGUGAUAUUUAUAAGAUUAGGUGAUUGGGAACUUUAUCUUUAUAGGAGAGAGAAUACUUGUGAUCAUUGAUCACUGAUCAAUAGGUAUUUAUUAUAUAGUAACGAUGUGACUAUUUUUUGAUAAGCGAUUAUCUGACAUAUAUAGAUGUUAAGUAUAAAUAUUUAUUAAUUAAUAAGAGGACGGAGUAAUUGACGAAUAAAGCUGGAUUUUUACACUAUAAUAUUUUUUUAAUGUCGAC